AUGGACACAAUCGCACCACCCCCUAAACUGAGCCACUUGUUCACUCUCCGAUGUGCGGUUGAUACGCCUAUGGAGAUUGGCCACGGGCCUUACGGUCGGCGGCGUUGCGUGCCGAUUAUGUCGGGUGUUGUGAAUGGACCGCAUUUCAAGGGAGAGGUUGUACCCGGAGGUGCGGAUUUUAUGAUCGUGGAGGAGGAUCAAACAACUCAUGUGAACACGAAUUACGUGAUCAAGAGCGAUGACGGGGCAUUCCUUUAUAUUCGUACCGAAGGAACUCGGGCAGGGCCUCCAGAGGUGCUUCAAGCACUCAUGGAGGGCGGACCUGUUGAUCCGAGCCAGUACUGGUUCCACCUCCAUGUGCGGAUUGAGACCGGACAUGAGAAGUACAAGUGGAUGAAUGACCGUGUGAUUGUUGGACGGGCUACAAGAGCCAAGGGCGAGGUAGCAUACGAUGCGUAUUUCUUGGAGAAUAGUCCAUGA